CACCGAGCAGCCCGGUACCCCCUUUCUGCGGCGUGCCAGCGUCCGUGUGCACGUGUACGUGCUCCGUGUUGCGCUCUUUGUUCUGAGAUGUCACCCUGUGCUCUGCGUGAGAGUCAACUUCUGACUGCUGACCAAACAAAAACACGGUUCACAGGGAAGUGUAACUUCUGAAAUAACAAAAAAAUACGAGGAAUCGCGACUGUGACGCUGGCAAGACUGCCAAGCUCUCUAGGGUGCCAGAGCAGCCCAGCUGCCCGGGGCUCCUGCAGCUCCCGGGAGAAGAGGGGUGAAACUCCCCCACAGGCACACGCUUUCUGUGCUCCUCUGUGACAUUGGCCUUACCCUUGAGGGAAAAGAGCAUCUCUUUUACGAGCAGGGUUUAAAGAUAAUGGGGCGCGGUGGCAGCGUGGAGAAACGCGGAGUUCCCUGCAGGGGCUGCGCUUGCGUGUCCCGAUCUGCCCCUUGCCGAUAAGGAUGGCGCCUGCAGAGAAGCCUGGUGCCUCCCUUGGACCAGGUGAACUGUGAGCUUUGACCGGCACCUGGCAGAGACGCGUGCGGCGCGGGGGGGUGGCACAGGCCUUUGUCAAACAGGUGCUGUCUUAGCCCAGCACGGGUGCCUGAUGAUACCUUGUUUCUCCUGCCGUGGCUGAACCUAUGACCCCGUUGCCAAUCUUCCUUUCUCCGAAAACAUGAUCCGGAAUGCGUGCUGUGCUGCGUGGAGGAUUUCUUAAAAAAAAAAACCAAACCAAACAAACAGUGUGGGAACAACCCCCGUGGCAGGGUGCAGGGACGCUGGUGUCUGGGAACGUGAGCAGCAGUCUGUGUGUCCUGCACGUGUCACACGGCCCCUAAGUCUGACUUCUGCUCCCAGGCAGCUCUGCCAGGAGCUCCUGGGCUGCGUGCUCUUUAGGGAACCCUCCUGCAGAAGUUUCCUUGGUAGAAAAAAAUGAAAUGUUGAAGAGAAAGUGCAGUAGUUUUGUUGCUGCAGAGGUGCUAAGAGGACCGUUAUGUCUAAUAAAAAGUAUUGAAAAUUUCUAAGUCAGAAUUGUUCCCCGCAAGCAGCGGUGUUUCCAGUGUUGUAUAAUACCACUGCUCUUAUCUGUGAGGAGAGGAUGGCUGAUUUAAGAUGCUACAGCCUCUGCCUACCGUGCCAAUUCAGUUGAUCAAGGACUCUACAGACACCAGUGCUUUUUUCCUCCAGAGGAAGGCAGUGCGUGGCCCUUUUAAAGUUUCGAAUUCUUACCGGUGUGUGGAGUUCCUUGCUGCAAUGUCCUGAGUCAUCAGUGAAGAGAGUCUACUGAGCAAUAGAGGCUAAAAUGUGGAACAUACUGAGUGUAAUUUAUUUAAACAGUUUCAUGGCUAUAGCUUUUGAAAUUCUUGUGUGAAAUAUCAAAUGUUUUUAUAUUGACUUUUGAAACGCUGAGUCUUGGAGACAAACUCGUAUGAAGUGCAAACAAUUUCUCUUAUGAGCAAGAAGAAGGAGCCUGUGAGAAGCCAGAACCGCUCCCAGGUCUGCCUGAGGACAAAAAGCUGUUUCAUCUGAGGGAUUCUCAAGUGUGUCAGAUUGCAAGAGGCGGCAGGACAGAGGCUGUUUGCAAAUAGCAGCCUGGCAGUUGGAGUUUAGCUGCUGCUAGAAAUGCUGCAAAAGAUUGUAGUUGGACAAACGGUGUUCAGUAGGCUAACCAGACUGCAGUGCUAUUUCCUUCCUUUGCCCCCGUCCUUUCUGCAUCAUGAGCACCUCCCAACCCUUCCUUUCUGUGCCUCUGGCACGUAGCCUGCAUGAAGUCUUUCUCUCUGCCCUAUUUCUGUCCCUAACCUAGCUUGUUUGCAUUCUGGCUCCACAGCGCUGUAAGAUCCUGUCUUUGCUCUGGCUCCGGAGGAGCUCUGCUCAGAGGGUGGCCAGGGAAACCCUCUCUGGGUCACUCCAUGUCAUGUCCCUACUGCCCCAUCCUUCCAGCACUGUGGCUUGUUGCUCCGUCUUUUGGUUAUGCCAUUCCAUCUCGGCCUGGACCAGAGGAGGCUGAUAAGAUGGGAGAAGGGGAUGGGGCAGACUGGGAGGUCAGCCGUAGAAAACGAAUGGAGACAAGCAAGCUUGAGGGAGAGAGGGAGGGAAAGGAGUGCUCCAAGGAGCACGUAAUGGCUGAUCUGGUGGUGCUGGGUCACGGUGUGGCUCACAUGGCAGCGGUGCAUGUCUGCUGGUUAUGUCACUACGUGCUGCCUUUUUUUCUUGCCUUAGGGGGUGUGAUAGCUUACAUCAGCUCUUCGAGCUCGGCAUCUAGCCCAGCCUCAUGUCACAGCGAGAGCUCAGACAGCGGUUUCCAGUCGUCCUCUUCGCCUGUUCCAUCUCCUCCAAACAGCUCCUCCUCGGAAAGCGGAUGCAAUGGCCGGAGCAGUGAAGGCUCUGACGGGGCGCUGAAGAGCGAUCGGCUGGAGGAGACUAUUAAAACAAACCAGUCAAGUGUUGCUGGUUUGACAAAAGGCCAUAAUGGAGUCACAAAAUUUAAUGGCAUGGUUCUUCUUUGCAAAGUCUGUGGAGAUGUCGCUUCAGGAUUUCAUUAUGGUGUUCAUGCCUGUGAGGGCUGCAAGGGUUUUUUCAGAAGAAGCAUUCAGCAGAACAUCCAGUAUAAGAAGUGCUUGAAGAAUAACAACUGCUCUAUAAUGAGAAUGAAUAGGAACAGAUGCCAGCAGUGUCGUUUCAAAAAAUGCCUGUCUGUUGGGAUGUCAAGAGAUGCUGUUCGAUUUGGCCGUAUUCCCAAGCGUGAAAAACAGAGGAUGUUGAUUGAAAUGCAGAGUGCCAUGAAAACCAUGAUGAACAGUCAGUUCAGCGGUCACUUGCCCAAUGAAGCAUUAACAGAACAUCAAGACCAAGCACCUCAAGAAGAUCUUUCCUCCAAGCCCAAACAAGAGCGAGAAGCCAUCAAAAGCCCUUCUCCCCCUCCUAGUGCUGACAUGGCUAAGGAGGAAGUGAUCGGUAUGGUCACUAGGGCCCACAAAGACACUUUCAUGUACAACCAAGAACAGUCCCAAAACCCAGCAGAGAUGAUGCAGCCCCAGGGUGGGGAGAGAGUGUCAAAGAACAGCGAGCAGUACAUCCUGAGCAGUGAGCACUGUGUUGGUGGCCUCGGUGGCCCUCAGUACCCUGAAAGGGAGCAGCACCUUGGUGGACAGUACAAAGGGAGAAGCACAAUGCAUUAUCCAAGUGGGCACGCCGUGUGCUUCACAAACAGCCACUGCAUGAACUUCACCACUGGUUACACUCAGCGAAUGUGUGAGAGGAUCCCAGAAGAUGGCUUUUCUCCAAACAACAAUACCACUUACUCUUGCAGCACUGGAGGAAGAAUGCAUCUGGUCUGCCCGAUGAGUAAGACUCCCCAUGUGGACCCAAACAAGUCUGGCCAUGAGAUCUGGGAAGAAUUUUCCCUGAGUUUUACUCCAGCUGUGAAGGAAGUGGUGGAGUUUGCCAAGCGCAUCCCGGGUUUCCGAGAUCUCUCCCAGCAUGACCAGGUCAAUCUUCUGAAGGCUGGGACCUUUGAGGUUUUAAUGGUACGAUUUGCAUCUUUGUUUGAUGCAAAGGAACGUACUGUCACCUUCCUGAGUGGCAAGAAGUACAGUGUGGAUGACUUGCAUUCAAUGGGAGCUGGUGAUCUGCUCAACUCCAUGUUUGAAUUUAGUGAGAAACUAAAUGCCCUGCAACUUAGCGAUGAGGAAAUGAGUUUGUUUACAGCGGUUGUCCUGGUAUCUGCUGAUCGCUCCGGAAUAGAAAAUGUCAAUUCUGUGGAGGCACUUCAGGAAACACUAAUCCGUGCAUUAAGGACCUUAAUUAUGAAAAAUCACCCAAAUGAAGCCUCUAUUUUCACAAAACUUCUUUUGAAAUUACCCGACUUGCGUUCCUUAAACAACAUGCACUCUGAAGAACUGCUGGCCUUUAAAGUUCACCCAUAGGCCUUUAGGUCUCAUUUGUACUUGGACUUGCCUCGUGUUAAACUGUUUUGUGCUAAAAUAUGUAUUUAUACAGUUGUACCAUUUGUUGGAGAGAGUUCACAGACUGUGAACAGUUGAUAGCUGUCCCAUAACCAUGCAAUAAAGCUUUGGCAGGUGCUUUCAGCUGACGGUGGCGCAGCCUGCGGAAUCCUCCAAGGCAUCCAGGCCCAGCUGUGCCGCACUCCUGCAGAAGAGGCUGCCAUGAGCCCGAGUAAAUAUGGACUCUUCUUUCAUUUAGGAAAAAGAACCACCACUGCCCUCUCAUGUAAACAGAAUGCAAAGUAGCUGUGUAUGUGCUUAUGGAGCAUGGAAUGGGGUGGGAACAAUUCUGUGCUAAUAGGAAAAUGGAAGAGCUGAUUUAAUUGGUCUUUCACUUAUCUAGUAGAUGUAUGUCUGUGUCUCUUGAUAACUCAAUCAUGGUUUCACUAUUGUUAUUCCAUUAAACUCGAUGGAAUGGUUUCAGCCUGCACCAACUCUUCACUGAGCGUGUGUUCAUGCCAUGUGUAUAUAAUAUAAAUAGUUAAGUAGUGAGUGUUUAUGGCUAUAUAAAGUACAGAGUUGUGUGUAUAUAUGUGUAUGUAUAUAAAUAGUUCUAUACAUAAAGUAUACAUAUAAUUUCUUCACAAUAUUUUAAACUGUGAAGGAAUUUAAACUUAAAACAGAAGGUGAUCUAUGGAAAGAACCAAAUAGAUGCACUUUGCAUACUGCUGAACUAAUUAUCUGAGCAUUUUUUAGAAAACAUCAAAUUUGCAUUAAUAUGCUGUGUUUGUUAAUUUAAAAAAAAAAAAAUAACCAACAACCAAGAGUGGCACUAAAGAGGCAGAGUCAGAUUCAACUUCCAGAAGGGUUUCGUAGAGAAUCUCAAGCAGAGAUGGUUUGAUGUGGCACUAAUGAGAUGGAUUGUCCAUUGCCACUGAGGUUCUUGUGUUCUGAUAAAGGAUAAAGAAGCACCAGAUGCUCUUCAAAAACUUCAGCACAGCCAGAAAGAAACUAUCAGAUGAAUAGCAACGUCUGUCAGAAAAAGAAAAAAUGGGAAAAAUGUAUCCAUGGUUGCAUUUGGGUGUAUGUGUGUUCUGUGACUGUUUAUUUCUUGCAAUACAUCAUUUCGCUGCUUCAUUGCUAAAUGAGAAUUGAUAACAGAAAUGUGAGAUUCCCCAGUCUUUUCACCAUUUGGGCUUUGUGGUUCCCAUGCCUGUUCUUCUGGAGCUCUCCAUUGGUGCGUGUGCAUGUGAGCGUGUGUGAUGUGCAGAGAAGGUGCAUUAGACGGUCUGGAUAUUUGUAUUUUAUUUUUUUUCUUAAAAAAACACCACAAAAACCAACCAAACAAAUGGGACUUUUUUUGUUAUUUAUGCCAGUAGCAAAUUAUAAAGCAGAUCCACAACAUUUAAGAUUCUGCUGCUUUUCUGUUAAGGAAAGCAGCUCUCUAUGGGGUUUUUUCCAUUUGUAGCAGGACCUGGCACCAGAAAAGAGAGAUUAAAAGAAGUCAAAGCAGUUGUGUUAAUUAGUUACGUUUAUGUUUCGCUAAUGUGGGAAGAAGAUGCUCCAUCAUCCUUGUUCAGUUAACUUGCCUUAGAGGUAGCCCUCCGGGUCUCUGGUGUUUGGUAAAGCUACUCUUCAGAGGGAAUCUGCUCCUGGCAGUCAGGGCCAGGACCCCGGGAGCCUCCAGCCUGCAGAGCUCCUGCCCGCACCACGGUGGGCUGACAGGAGCCCUCCUGCCUGUGGUGGAGCUGCAGCAGAGGCAGACCUGUGCCUGCUGCUCAGCAUCAGGAUCUGCCAUGGGAAGAGGGAGGGCUUGCACCCUGCCGUGCUCCCCUCGCCUUGGGGCUGGGCAUUCUGCCUCGGACGGGAAGGAAGGGGCUGAGUGGGCGAGGCAAGUGCUUGAUAAGAGGUGGGGAAAAUUCAGCUCUAGCCUUGGCCAAGGAGCAGAAGAGCCCACUCUUUCCCCUCCUCUGCAGCUGCUGCAGGCAGGGCUGUCCUGCUUCAAGCUGCUUUAACCACUGGGUAAUGGCCCCUCCGUACAUAAAGUUUUGCUACCCUAAUGUGCUAUCAGGGCAUAUUGUCCUAAUUUCUGUUAACAGUCUGAAUCCUACCAGUAUUAUUUUUUGAGAGCUUCGCUGAAUUAUGCAUUGAACCAUUCAGACAGUAGAGAGGACACAGUCACACGGUUUUGAUUAUUUAGUUGCUGAAAUGACUUCUUUUGUAGACCUCAUUUUCAAACAUGGAAGGUACAGUUAGCCCUUGGUUGUUUCAGGAGGGAAGAAGGCUUCUUACAGAGAUUGCCACCCUACAGCUGUGUUUUGUGUUUUGUUUUAUUUUUUUUUUUUCUUCUUAAAACUGUAUUACUAAGCCUUUAGGAAUGUAUAACCAGGACUGAGUAAUUACUGCUUAUUAAAUUUUUUUAGUUAGAUUGACCAUGUAUGCCUAUAGAUAGAUAUUCUAACUUGUGCAAUUUCAUUUGAAAUAAUCUUCCUGUACAUAAUGGAAAAACUCACAUAACAGAAAAAAAAGAGCCCCAAACAGAUUGACUGAACAAAAAGCUGAUUAAAGUAUGGUUCAAAAGUGACCCAUGUAUUACAAACCCUAGCUGGACUCUUAAAAGAAAAUCUAAAUUCAUUGUGUUAGCUGUGUAUUGUGAGCUCUUCUUUUACUGUGUCACUGGUUAUACACUUGUUAAAUGCUGAGAUAAUAGACUUUCAUGCCAGGCAUUUGAGUACUGUAGAUUGGGUCAUUGCUGAAAGAUUAAUGUACUGUAUGACUUAAAUGAAAUUUUUAUUCUUGAUUUUAUUCUUGAUUUUGUUCUUGUUUUAAAAGAUUAAAUAUGGGCAUUAUGUCAGCAAGCUAAA